GGCGUCUUGUUGUCUUCGCGAUUGUGGAUUUUUCCGAUUUUUUAUUCAUAAUAGUUCUUUGAAGUAAUUCUUGUUCAGAAUUAAAUAAUAGAACUUAUGAUUAACUAAUUUAAUACAAGAAUGGAUGUUAAAUCGUAUCUGCAUUCUUGGUGUGCCAAGAAAAGCUUGAACCCUGUUUUUGAUGUUCGUGCUACUGGUCCAAAGCACCGUCAACGUUUCCUCUGCGAGGUGCGAGUGGACGGUAUAACCUAUGUCGGUGCUGGUAACUCUACAACCAAGAAAGAGGCUCAGUUCAACGCUGCUAGGGACUUCGUUAACUACCUGCAGCGGACUGGCCAAGUUGACGGCAAUGAUCUACCGGAAGAGGUCCGAGUGAAACAAGAAAAUGAGGGGCCGCAAAUGGGCCCUGGUCCUGGGCCAGUCAUGCAUAAUGAACCUCAGAGGAGACCAGUUUUUCAGGAGGGUAUGGGUCCAGACAGCAUGGGUCAAGCGUACCAUGCGUAUGGUGGUCAAAAUCAAAACUUUACGUACAUGGAUCGUCUUCAACAACAAAAGAAUGUUGAGGAAGCAGAAGACUUGGAUGUGAAUGCAAGCUUGCAUGGAAACUGGACGAUGGAAAAUGCUAAGUCUAAGCUCCAUCAGUUCAUGCAAGUCAACAAAAUCAACGCUGAAUAUGUCUAUAAGGCCGUAGGGCCAGAUCACACACGGAGUUUCUGCUGCGAGAUGACCAUAUACGUCCGCCAACUCGGGCGCAACGUGACAGGGCGCGAGACGGCUUCGAACAAGCAGACGGCUAGCAAGUCCUGUGCAUUGUCGUUGGUUAGACAGCUAUACCAUCUUGGAGUUAUCGAAGCUUUUAGCGGCACUUUGAAGAAAGACAGGAGCGGAGAAGGUCUGAUGAAACCAUACCCAGUGGCGAUCAGUCCAGAACUUGAAGCGAAACUUGAAGACACCUUACGAGAGUUGGAAAUCGAGCCAGUAGAUGUGAACAACGCCAACGUCCAACAAUCUGAAGGCCAAGACGGGAAGACGGUGGUGACCAUAUUACAGCUGGACCGCGUGCGAGCGAUGCGGGAGGCGCGGCCGACGCCCGGGGGCGUGGUCUCGUGGUCCCCGCCCCAAGCCAACUGGAACCCUUGGACGAGCUGUAAUAUUGAUGAGGGUCCACUAGCCAAGAUGUCGCUGGAUGACAUCAGUUCUGACCUGGAGAAGAGUCACCGCGAUUUGUGUCAAAACAGCCAGCUGUAUCAGGAUAGUAUACGUGAAAGAGAGAGCCUGCCUGUGUUCGGCAUGCGAUCUCAAAUCAUGGACGCCAUCAAUGAGAACCCGGUCAUCAUCAUCAGGGGUAACACUGGCUGCGGCAAGACUACUCAGGUGUGCCAAUUCAUACUGGAUGACUACAUAGCUAGCGGACAAGGCGCGUGGGCGAACAUCUUCGUGACGCAGCCGCGGCGAAUAUCCGCCGUCAGCGUCGCCGAGCGGGUCGCCAACGAGCGCUGCGAGGAGCUAGGGAAUAGUGUGGGAUAUUCGGUGCGAUUCGAGUCCGUAUUGCCAAGGCCGUACGGAUCAAUAUUGUUCUGCACUGUGGGUGUUCUGCUGAGAAAACUGGAGGGUGGCUUGAGAGGCGUCAGUCACGUUCUUGUCGAUGAAGUCCACGAACGAGAUGCGGAUACGGAUUUCGCGUUGAUUUUGCUCAGAGACAUGGCACACACGUACCCGGAUCUCCGGAUCAUUCUCAUGUCCGCCACAGUCGACACUACGCUGUUCACCUCUUACUUUGGCAACUGUCCUGUUAUUGAGGUCCCCGGCCGCACGUAUCCAGUCCGUCAAUAUUUCUUAGAGGACUGCAUAGAGCUGACCAAGUUCGUGCCUCCGAUCGACUCGAGGAAACGCAAGUCCUCGGGAAAGAGGGCGAAUAAGGACGACGAGGAAGAUGAUGAUGAAGGUCUCGGCGGGGACGAGCAAGAUGAAGACAUGAACAAGAACUGCCAAUUGAGCAACGACUAUUCGCCGGAAACGGCAAGGUCUCUCCAGCAACUCUCGGAAAAAGAUAUGAGCUUCGAACUCAUAGAAGCCAUACUGACCUACAUCGCCAACCUGAACAAGGAAGGCGCCGUACUAGUGUUCCUCCCCGGUUGGAAUCUCAUCUUCGCGCUGAUGAAGCAUCUGACCCAGCACCGCAUGUUCGGGGACCAGUCCCAGUUUGUGAUACUGCCGUUGCACAGCCAGAUACCGAGGGAGGAUCAGAAGAAGGUGUUUGUUACGCCUCCGCCGGGAAUUACCAAGGUGAUUCUGUCGACCAACAUCGCAGAAACGUCAAUCACGAUCAACGACGUGGUCUACGUCAUAGACUCUUGCAAGGCCAAGAUGAAACUGUUCACGUCGCACAACAACAUGACGUCAUACGCCACUGUGUGGGCCAGCAGGACUAAUUUGGAGCAGCGCAAAGGCAGGGCAGGUCGUGUGAGGCCUGGCGUUUGCUUCACGCUUUGCACCAGAGCGCGCUUCGACAAGUUAGAAGAACACCAAACGGCUGAGAUGUUCCGCACUCCGCUGCAUGAACUGGCUCUCAGCAUCAAGCUCCUCCGCCUAGGCAGUAUAGGCCACUUCUUGUCCAAGGCACCAGAACCGCCGCCGCUUGACGCCGUCAUAGAAGCAGAGGCCAUGUUGAGAGAACUGGGAUGUCUGGAUGUGGCCAACCAGGAUGCCUUGACGCCGCUAGGGACUAUACUCGCAAAGCUGCCUAUUGAGCCUCGCCUAGGCAAGAUGAUGGUCCUCGGCUUCGUACUGGGCGUGGGCGACGCUCUGACCACAAUGGCGGCCAACUCGACGACGUUCCCCGAGGUGUUCGCGCUGGAGGGCCGCCGCCGCCUGUCCGCGCACCAGCGCGCGCUGGCCGGCGAGCGCGCCUCCGACCACGUGGCCAUGCUCAACGCCUUCCAGAUGUGGGAGCGAGAGCGCAACAAGGGCGAAGAGAAAGAACUCCAGUGGUGCGAGUGGAAGGGAGUGCAACAAACGACUCUACGGGUGACGUCUGAAGCGAAGUAUCAACUUAUAAACAUCCUGACGACCGCCAUCGGUUUCCCCGAAGAGUGCUGUGCGCCGGAACGCUGGAACCCAACAGGACCUGACCCAAUGUUGGAUCUCGUCGUGGCGCUUAUGUGCAUGGGGCUCUACCCUAAUGUCUGUUUACACCAAGGAAAAAGGAAGGUGCUAACAACAGAAGGCAAGCCGGCCCUCAUCCACAAGACCUCAGUCAACUGCAGUAACUUAGAGCAGAAGUUCCCGUCGCCAUUGUUCGUGUUCGGCGAGAAAGUGCGCACGCGCGCCAUUAGUUGCAAGCAGACCACCAUGGUGGCGCCACUGCAUCUACUGCUCUUCGCUUGUAGGAAGGUGGAAUGGGUGGACAACAUGAUCCGCCUCGACAACUGGCUGAACCUAGAGAUGUGUCCGCGCGCGGCGGCGCUAGUAGUGGCGCUACGGCCGGCCGUGGAGCGGCUGGUGGAGCGCGCCGCCGCCGAGCCCGACGCCGCGCUGCAGUUCACGCCGCACGAGCAGAAGGUAGUGGACUGCAUAAAGGCCCUCUGCAUCAUGGACGCCGGAGAUUACAAUAUCACGCGUGAAACGACUCCCCUCGCGUUCAGGCCCGAUGGAGCCAAGAGAGGCAACCGGGGGUGGGGUACUAGUGGUCCCCGCGCCGGCUUCGGAGGCGGUUUCGGCAACCGAGGAGGCUUCGGCAGCAACCAGGGCGGUUUCGGCGGCAACCAAGGCGGUUUCGGCGGCAACCAGGGCGGCUUCGGCGGCAAUCGCGGCGGAUUCGGCAACCGAGGCGGUUUCGGCGGCAACCGAGGCGGAUUCGGCGGCAACGACGGCGGAUUCGGCAAUAGGGGCGGUUUCGGCAACCGCGGCCGAGGUUUCGGCAGAGGGGGAUUCAGGGGAAACUCCAAUUGGCAUUGAAGCAUUCCUACCUAACUAAUUUUUGGACUAUAGUCUAUCGCCUAGGUACCUCAAUGACUAUAGUCUGUGAUAGAUCUAUAAUAAUGUGUUAUGUGUAUGUAAUAAAGUGACAAAGUUUAAAGAA